AGAUUCGCAAAGGGGAUAGUAGUAGCCCCGCCUCCUUUUGCCUCGCUUGUUGGUAAGGAAGCUGUAUCUGUUACUAAGGAAGCAGGCAGUGAUGGAGGUUCUACAGUCGCGAAAGGGAAUUUAAGGUAUGUAGCAGCAGCAGGCGAUGGAACUACCACAUCUGGAAAUCUGGGUCUUGGAUGGGUACACACAUAAAUGGUAUUUUGUGGGAGAACAUCUUUCUUCCAGCAGUUAUCUUCAUGAAUUGCAAUGCACAGCCAUUGAGUAAAAGUAGUACAUAUUUAACACUGGACUCCCUGGAUUAUUAAUCAUGCAGUGCCCUUCCUAGACAUCCUCAGGGCUGCCUGGGCUGAAUUAUUCUGCCAGAAACAGACAGGUGCAAAUAUGAUAAUGAACUAUCAGAAUGGUGUUCCACUUCAGCCUUGCACAGGUGCUGUUUCUUCAGUAAAAACCAAAGCAGUAAAGAAGCCAGUGGGUUUGGAAGCUAAUGACAGUACAGAAAAUGUGGAAAAGGGCUCAGAAGAAUAUGGUUGUGAAAGGUUUCUGAAUGACACCUUGCGGUUUCCCCCGGACGAGUUGGGCCAAGGAGCUCAGAUGUUGGAUAAUGCUUUCCUACCAAGACCACCCCUUCUGCCCAAACCUCCUGGGCAUCCUAAAUUGGAAAAGGCCUUCUCCCUAGAAGAAAAGGUGGGAAGACGGAGGUUCAGAACAAGCCAGGAGAGCCUGGCUGAACCUGGAGGGAUCGGAUCUUCUUCUGUGAACUCCCUUCAGGACGAUCUGGUUGGUCACCCGGUUUUGAACAGCACUUUCAAAUUUCUAGAUGGACGGGUUUCCUCAAGCAGCCUUCACAGCAACGCCUCAAGAGACUUCCAGGUCUCUCCUUGUCUUAGAAAUGGAGGCAGUAGCCAUUCAGACCCUGGGAAAAGGAGAUCCAGUCAGAAUUAUGAACAAAUAAAACCUUCAAAAACAAAACUUUCUCCUCUUCAGCCUACAGGACCCCUGCCUGCUAUGGAACUCAACAUGGCAUCUCCUGCAUUAAGGACAGCUAAUAGGAUAGACCAGGAUUGUAUGGAUUACGGAGUGAUCCCUAAGAGUGUGUUUGGGAGACAGCACAGUAACCUUACUGAUGGCAGGCUGCUGGACAGUAUGGUGUCGGAUACCUGUUCCACUAACUCCAUGAAGUCUUCACUCAGUGUACUCAAUCCAAUUCGAUCCAAGGAUGUAAGAAAUAGGAGUUUUCUGGAGGGCAGUCUUCUAGGCCACGGUGCGUUACUAGGAGCAGAAGAGCUGGAUCGAUGUUUCCCUGAGAGGAGUAUAGGGAUUUAUAUUGCCACAUGGAACAUGCAAGGAAAAAAGGAACUUCCUCAUAACUUGGAUGAUCUUCUGUUACCUCCUGAUGCUGACUUUGCCCAAGACAUUUACAUUAUCGGGGUUCAGGAAGGCUGUCCGGACAGGAGAGAGUGGGAAAUACGCUUACAAGAGACCUUGGGGCCUUACUACGUCAUGCUGGAUGGAGUCGCUCAUGGGGUUCUUUACCUGUCUGUGUUCAUUAGGAGGGAUCUCAUUUGGUUUUGUUCAGAAGUUGAACAUACAACAGUUACAACCCGAAUCGUAUCCCAGAUCAAGACUAAAGGAGCUGUUGGUAUUGGCUUUACAUUCUUUGGUACAUCAUUUAUCUUCAUCACCUCCCACUUCACAUCUGGAAAAACAAAAGUAUAUGAAAGGAUUCUGGACUAUAACAAGAUCAUUGAAGCCUUAACACUUCCCAAGAUCCUGCCGGACACAAACCCUUAUCGAUCAAACUCUUCUGAUGUCACUACACGAUUUGAUGAGGUGUUCUGGUUUGGAGAUUUUAAUUUCCGCUUGAAUAUGGACCGCAUUGGAGUGGAUCAAAUCCUGCAGCAGGACCUCAGCUCAGACAUGAGCAGACUACUACAGUAUGAUCAGCUUUCCAAGGAAAUGAAAGAUGGUUCUGUUUUUCAAGGGUUCAAAGAGGCUCCUAUACAGUUUCCCCCAACAUACAAAUUUGAUGUUGGAUGUGACAUCUAUGACACCACCACAAAGCAAAGAACCCCUUCAUAUACAGACCGUGUGCUGUAUAAAAGUCGUCACAAAGGUGACAUUAAGGUUGUGAAAUAUACCUGCUGUUCCACUAUUAAAUCGUCAGACCACAGGCCAGUGUUGGGAGUAUUUCAAGUUAAAGUGAGACCUGGGAGAGACAAUAUUCCAUUGGGGGCUGGUCAGUUUGACAGGGAGCUGUAUUUGGAGGGGAUCAGAAGGAGGAUUACCAGGGAACUCCAAAGGAAGCAGGCACUGAAAAAUCAGAAAAACAGCACGGUCUGUGCCAUUUCCUGACAAUCAGCAACGGCAGGAGAAACUUGGGAACUUCUAAACAGAACCGGAAUCUCAAAAAACACAAAAAAGCACAGCCUGGUCUCUUUUAUACAAGGUAUACAAUCAAUGCUGAUUAGCUGUUAAUUACAGUCAAUACAGACUGUGCAUUGUUUUAACCUUCAGGAUAGUCAAAAUAAAAAAGAACAAUUUAAAGGAGGAGUGCACAGAAGUUCUGUUUCGUGUUUUGGAUACAUAUGUAAUUGACUGUGCCCUUUGCAGAACAUUGUGCUUGAAAUAUAACGUUAACUUUGAAGGUGCCUACCAGAUACCCCAUUAUUCCAGAAUGAAAAAUAUUUCAUACAACAUAUUGCUGACCAGAAUGGAUGACCAUAGGAAAUACAUUAUUAACCUUUAACUGUCUGUGAUACUGUUUUAUUUGCUUGGGUAUUCAUUUAUAAAACAAAAUGCUUAGGAGUAAAAUAUAAUGCUGCUUCCACAAUUGUUAAUGGGUUUGUUUAUCCUGGUACGUAUCCAAUAGCCUAUCCACACUACCUAAACAAUGCCACAUGAUUGUCAAUCAUGUCAGUGAUUAUCGCACAUUAUUUAAGUAGCAAGAAUAGAGUAUAGCAAUUUCUUACAAUCUAAACAGUAUUAUAUAUAAUUGUAUGUGCAAUUGGCCAAAUUUAACGAAAUAUUUGUUUAAAACUUUUUUUUUUUUUGGCCCUAUUGCCUUAACAGAUUAUUGUUCCAGUACUCUAAUAAACUGAAAUAUUGUAAUCAGUGAGAAUGAUUCUUCGGUUUGAUCCUGGCUCUGCACUUUUUAUACCCGUCUCAUUUUAAGAUUCAUUCUUAAACAUUAGCAUUGUCUACGUGCUCGGUUACAUGUUGAGCUCCAAAGGGGUUGUCCAGGGGUGUUUCUCAUGGGGUAGUUUUCAACAGGUAGCGGCUGCAUCGUAACUAUUUACACAGUUAAUCAUCUUUAUACAUUACAACAAAUAGAAUGUGUGGUGCGGUUUACACUCACAAAAACACCAGCAAAUUGUUGUCAAUUUCUUAUGUAUUUCACAAGCACUGUUUUUAUGUUUGCUUAUUAGGCAAGAUGCCAAAUAUAUCACACUGGUACGAAGGGCUCGUGCCUGGUAUCUUUUGUGACAUUGGAUCAGGGGAUUAUUACUUUGUUGUUCAUUUUAUUUUUACACUUGUUAUGUUGUGUUAAACUUAUUUAAAAUUUUCAACAUUGUAAAUAUAACAAUCACACCUGUAUACUUAUCUGCAAUUUAUAUAUUUUUCUACAUAAAUGCAGAGUUAAG